UCCAUCUCUGUCUGAGUCGGGCGUUACGGAGAUAACUAAAACAGUACUGCGUUGCCGCAGGAAAGCCGUGGAGAGGAAACAACCAACGCGAUCCAGCUUAAGGACCUGCAAGAAAGUGCAUGAAACGAGACCCGGCAAAGCACGCCAUGAAAAAAAAGAAGCCUAUAAAAAGCACUUCUGUUUAUAUUGCAAAAUGGCCUUUUCCCAGAUUGCCAAGCACUUAGAAAGGACACAUGCAGAGCAAAUUGACGUUGCCCAUGCAUUACACCUCCCCAAAGGGUCCAAAGUCAGACAGAUUAUGCUUCACCAAAUUCGCAAUAAAGGAGAUUAUGAACACAAUUGCCAAGUUCUCAAAAGUGGCGAGGGGGAAAUUGUGACCAAGGACCAGGUGAAGAAUUCCAGCGUAUCUGUUCGCGACUUCCUGCCUUGCCAGCACUGCUUUGCUUUUUAUCGCAAAACUGAUUUGUGGAGACACGAGAGGUCAUGUAAGGCCAGAAAAGGAGACCAGAAAUCUUCUGAAAGAAAGGAAAGAGUCCCCACCGCUGCCUCCCAGCUGCUUCCUAUGUCCGAGUCCUUAACUGGAGGCUGCGAGGAAAUCAUUCACAUCAUGCAUCAAGACGACAUCUCGCGGCAGAUCAGAAAUGACCCACUUAUUUGUAAAUAUGGCAAUGCGUUGUCCGCUAAGUAUUACCAUGACAAGUCUCAGUUUGCUUAUAUCGCACAAAAGAUGAGGGAACUGGGUCGAUUCAUGGUCGCUGUCAAUGAACUCGACGCGAGCGUGAAGUACCUGCAUGAAGUGUGCCUGCCAUCCAGGUUUGAGUUGGCCGUUGAAGGGGCCAAAAAAGCGAGUGGCUUUGACCCCAGUUCCAGUAAGUUUAAAACAGUCUCCCUCGUCACAAAGAUUGGCUACUCCUUGAAGCGAGCUGCGGAAAUAGCUUUCGGGGAAAGUCGCAUGACGGAGGACGGUGAAACCGAGAGUCACGUGGAAAAGUUCAUCCAACUUCUCGAUACAAAGUGGAGCCAGUGUUUUUCUCGCAAGGCUCUCGCAUUAUCGCUAAAGCACGAAGUCAAGAAAGUGGAAGUAGACAAAUCAACCGUGAUGGAAGAUUUGAUCAAACUCCACAGGUUCACCACAGGGGAAGAAGAGGAAGCCAGGAAGGAGUUGAAAGAAAGUCCCAAUUUGUCAACGUGGAAGAAGCUCAGCGAAGCUACUCUGGCAGAUGUGUGUCUGUUCAACAGAGGCCGGGUGGGUAAUAUUGGGAGAAUGCUCUUGCAAACGUACAUCAGCAAGAAGAGCAGGGGGACAUUUGUGCCCUCGGCAGAUCAAGUGAGGAAAUGCACAAUGCUGGAGCUGGACCUUGGUAGCAGUUUCACCCGGUUGGAGCUUGAGGGUCAGUAUGGGAGGAACAUGCUGGUGCUGCUCACAGACAGGAUGCUUUUGUCAAUCGACUUGCUCAUUGAAAACCGAGAACAAGCAGGUGUGUCGAAAUCUAACCCCUACCUGUUCGCCCGGACCGAAGGUCCGUCCUUCAUCAGAGGGUUAGAUUGUUUCCGAAGGUGCGCAAUGGAAUGCGGAGUUAAAAACCCCGAUACACUUCUGUCCUCAUCCCUAAGAGAGCAAAUUGCCAGCUGCUGGCAGCUCAUGAGCCUCAGUGAAGUGGAAGUGGAUCAAGUGGCCAAGCUGUUGAGAAGGAGCAGCCAGGAGUGUUACGUGCUCUCAAAGAACGCGUCACAGCUGGAGGAGGUGAGCAAAGAACUUCUCAAGAUGGAUCGCACGCUGCAACCGAGUCCACCCAGUGCUGCUGCUCAUGCUGCUCUCCAUUGGGUCAUCUCCAUGUUCAGAGCCAUGUGCAGGCAGGCAAUCGGGACUGUCGGGGGCGUAGCUGCUGCCGCUGUGGGCCAAUCACCUGUGCCUCAACUCAAAGAACGCUUGCGGUGAUUUAAUAGUGAGCAAAACAAAAAAAAAAGCUUUUGUGUUCUAGUUCCGGGCACAUACAUGAUUAUAGUUGGUUUGUCUGGAGAAGUGUUGAUUCUAGUGUCCUAGUGAUGAGCACAUCAUCCGGCUACUCCUGACAGACUUCACUCAAGGUCCAGAACAACAAUGUCAAACCGUCUUGGAACCAGAAGCUGAUCUCAGGAAUGAACUGUCACUGUCUGGAGUUGACAGAGUUGUAUCUGACUGCUCUUACAUAAUCAUGUUUCUCUACGCUCUUAUUUUU